AUGGGUCUAUCAGGCGCCGUGCAGUGGUGGGAUGAGUGGCAGCUGCGCGUUCUCGUGCUGGGCAGCCUCUUCGUCCAGUACCUGCUCUUCUUCUCCUCCGUGGUGCGCAGGCGUGCUCCUCCGUCUUGGCUCAGGCUGGUAUUCUGGCUCGCCUACCUAGGCCAGCUCGCCGCUGGCCUGGAGGUGCUGUGGGCGCCUGUCCUCCUCAUCCACCUCGGGGGGCAGCACCUGAUGACCGCCUACAGUAUUGAAGACAACGAGCUAUGGAGGCGACAAGCCAUCACCAUGGUGUCACAGUCAUGUGUUUUCAUCAUGGAGAUGGAAACAGAAAAGGUUUCGCAACAUAACCUCUUGUCAUUUUGUGCUCGUAAGAAGCGACCCACUUUUCUUAUGAAGCUUGCCACACUUGUCUGCUACAAAGACUAUGUUAACAUGCAUUGUUAUAUAGAACAUGCACCAACAACGUCCUCACUCCAAGUUGUAGAGUUGGUUCAUGGAUAUGUUACGGAUGGUUGGAAAGGAUACAUCCAUGACGCUGCUAGCUACAAGAGAUUCAACCUCCACAGGGGGCAGUGGGCUCUAAGGCAUCAACGUCAUCUUCGGUGGAGCUUGAAUAUGCCAUUUGACAGAAGUGUCCUUCUCUGGCACAUCGCCAUAGACAUAUGCUUUCACCACCAGAGCACAACCCCUCGCGGCAGAGAGUGCGCCGCCCGGAGCAGGGUGAUAUCGAACUACAUGACAUACUUGCUCUCCAUUCGUCCAGAAAUGCUUAUAUCCGGGUCCAGGAUUGGCAUCUUCACCAUUGCAUGUGAAGAUAUCGAGCUCAUGCUAGGCGACAAUUCUGCACUGCAUGACGAAAGAGGACUUGCGCAGGGAAUUCUUUCCAGGGCGCAGCAACCUUCUUUAUUAGAUAACACCAGCAUAAUAGGAACAGCAUGCAGGCUUGCUAAAAUGUUGAUGGAGCUACAAGAUGAACUGGAGAGGUGGGAGGUGGUCCAGGGGGUAUGGGUGGAGAUGUUGUGCUACUCUGCCAGCAGGUGCAGAGGAUACUUGCACGCCAAGAACAUGAGUGAAGUUACGGAGCUUCUCACCCGCGUAUGGUUCUUCUUAAUAUCCAUGGGGAUGGAGACAUUGGCCGACAGGUUUCAGAAGUCAGAGUAUCUCGAAACCAAGGAAGAAAACGCUGAAGAAGAUGAUAAUGAUGGUGAAAACAGAGUCGUCGUGGAGCGCAAGAUUAAUAUGCCCAUCUAA